AUGCAUUACUGCCUCCUCAAUUUCCUGUGCACACGAACACAUCUUCUUGCAACUUUUAUUCUUCUUCGGCCAGAUCCUUCGAAUCCACAUCUGUUUUUCAACCGGGUUCUUGAUCUACAAGAAAAGGGUUAUGGCGGAUUGGGGGCCAGUGGUAAUAGCAGUGGUGCUGUUUGUGCUGUUAACUCCAGGGCUGCUGUUUCAGAUACCGGGAAGAAAUAGAGUUGUGGAGUUCGGAAAUAUGCAGACCAGCGGUGCUUCCAUUGUUGUUCAUGCUGUUCUUUACUUUGGCCUUAUUACUAUCUUCCUUAUUGCCAUUGGUGUCCACAUCUAUGCUGGCUAGUUGUUUUUUCUCUUCUUUUUGGUUUAUGUAAUAUUACUGCUUUCAUUUUCUGGUUUUAGUUGUUGAUUGUAGUUGUGAUUGUGGAUGUUUUUUUUAUGGGUUUUAGUUUAUUUUUGUUGUUCGAUCGUGAAACGAGAUCUAGACCAGAAUUUCUAAUUGAUUGAUUACUGAUUCCAGUAUAUUUGUUGGUUUAAUUGGAA